UUCAAAAUAUUUGUGGGGGUGAACGAAAUAAGUGUCAUAUAUAUAAAGCGGAGCGUGGCAAGAUUGCCUUAGUAGUUUUCAAAAUGACGGAACUAGUUUUAGGCUGCUUGAUUUCUCUCUUAUGUUCUGCAUUGGUACAAAGCUGUGGUCAGUCAGCAUUAAGUACAACCCCUAGUAUAGCAGCGUCGUAUAUUGUUGGUGGUCGAGAUGCAAAUCCAGGUGAUUUUCCGUGGCAGGUAGGCAUAGUAGAAAAUGGAUAUCUAAUUUGUGGAGGCACCUACGUGACUGGUAACAAUGGACAAGUUGAAGUUAUAACAGCAGCUCAUUGUGUUGAGUAUGUAUUACUCUCAUCCUAA